UCUUUCAUUCAAUCUUUCCCUUAUUCUCUGGGAAUCCAGUCUUUAUUCUCGAUACAUGAAAGAUCUUAAAUUUGCCUCUUUGUUGUUCAUUCUAAAGAACAAGUUCAGUUCUUUCUAUAUCUUCCCACUUCCUUGUUCAAUAUUUUCCAUUUUUUCCUUGGUUCUUUGUCUCUUUAACAUUAGUCUUCCUAGUUUUAGGGGUUUCUGAGACUGUUUUCGCAGAAUGGGAGGCGAAAAAAUGGCGAAAAGAUCAUCUUUUGGGAGCAUUGUGAUGAAGAGAUUGUCCGAUAUCACCAAUUCACAGUCACAUCCCAAGCAUUCAAGCCAAGAGGAAAAGCCUCAACAUAUUUCUCCUGCUGCUGAAAACUACAUUAAUCAGUUAAUCAAGGAAAAGAUGACACUGAUGGAACUUAUUGAGGAGAGAAAUAGGAUUAUUGAAUUGAGUGGAACUGAGCUGCAGAACCUGAGAAUUUGUCUACAAAAAUUACAGCUACAGAAUUGGAACCUUGCUCAAUCAAACAGUCAGAUGUUAGCUGAGCUUAAUUUAGGGAGAGAUAGGGUCAAAGCUCUGCAGCAUGAACUUGUAUGCAAGGAUGCUUUACUUAAAGCAAAGAACCAGGAAAAAAAGGAAAAAGCGGAUAUCAACAGCCAAAAUACUGGCUCACAUGGGGGACAGCAAGAAGCUAAGGAGUGCAUGCCUAAAGCUAAUGAUGAUGACAAGCCUUGUACCCGCAACAGAAGACGCAAUGCUAGAAGUCAAUCUAUGGGCCCUUCAACUACAAGCCAAAGAGAUGGAGAUAAAGAGAAGAUUGAAAACAAAAGGCGUUGUUUGAGAAGGCAAUCUGCUAGGUUCAAAUCCCAAGAGUCAGAACCAACAGCAGAGAAUCUAUUUGAGAUUGAUAAUGUUAAAGUUGCGGCUACUCCUAUGCAUGAAGGUGGUUCAACUCUAUUAGGUUCAUCCAUUAUAACGGAAGAAAGUUGUAACCCAAGAGCUGAAACACAAAUAUUGAAAAGAUCUUCAAUUGGAAGACCAUUACGCAAAGCAGUUGAGAAAGUGCAAUCAUAUAAAGAAGCUCCAGUUAAUGUUAAAUUGCGGAGAAAAGACUGAACAGCAAUCAUUCCCCACAUUCCUAGAACCAUUUCAUGUUUAUGGCAUCUUCCUGUAAUCUAUGUAUUGUUGUCUGGUGGAACUUACAUUUUUUUUUAAUGAUUUUAAAAAGUUACUGUAAAAUGAAAAAGUGGAGUGUAGAAAUGUGGAAGGGUUUUCUGAUUCAGUUCAGAAUAUUGUGGCCAAAACUUCAAAUCAGAAUGG